UUUUUUCCGAAGUUGAUAUGCAAUUUGAUCACAAGAAAAUGACAAAGAAAAGUUGACAGCAGCUGCAAGAAUAGGAAAAUUCUAAUUCGGAGGCUAAGCGUUGUUUAAAAGGCAGCACAAUCAAAGCACAAAUUCAUAUUACAAUCAAAUUUCCACUUUCACUAUUCGGUUUUUCUGUAAGGAUUCUAAGGGAGAAAAUGAAUUGGAUUCAACGCAAAAUCUAUCUCUACAAUGUCACUUUUGGUCUUUACAUGCUCGACUGGUGGGAACGUUGCCUCUUCAAUAUUUUGGUGCUUGUGUUGUUGUGGUUUAUGUGUUACAACGGGUUUCGUUAUGCUUCCGAGCUUUUCAACAGGUAUGUGUUUCAUUCUAUGUUACAAUCUCAAAAAAAGUAAAGUUUUAUCCUAAAUUUUUGAAGUUGGUUUAGUUUUUCAGCUACUAUAAGAAAUGAUAAAAUAUCAAAGGUCUCAAGAAAUACAAGAAUGAAAUCUAGGACCUAAAUGUUUAUUUUCUUAAAUAAUGGUGGUGUCCGUGUAGCUUGCACGCACCCAAACUAUUGCAUCCGGUACCCAGGGACGAAGCUAUGUAUAGCUAAGGGUGGUCAACUAAACACCCUUCACCGAAAAAUUAUACUAUGUAUAGGGUAAAAUAUUACUUGUUAUUGAUUAAAAAAUAGAUUUUGAACACUCUUGCAUAGCCCACUAGCAAAGAAUGUUCGAAAUAUUGAAUUUCCUGACUUCGUCACCAUGGGUAUCUGCUUACCUCUCAUGGUACGAGGUAACUCCACCCACCAAUAUCUAGGACCUUCAUGUUACUAUCUAAAAGUGUGUGGAUGGAAAUAGGAUGUGGAAAGGAGCAGCAAUGGGAUUAGUAUGUAAAUACACUAACAUCACUAGAGCAAACUGAUUGUCAGGGUUUGCAGUUAGCAAAACUAGAUAAUAAUGAACUUGCGUAAUGAUAUUCAUUUAUGCCAUGGUGCACUGAACUUGCAUAGUGAUAUUUAGAUGAGCCUAGCAUAUUCAAUACAGUUGCAUUUCAAUGAAUUUAGUGGAAGAAUUUGGCUAUAAUUGUAUGAAUAUGAGUUUCAACUAUUAACUAUUAGCGGAUUUUGAUGGUCCCCUAGGAUAAGAAAGGGUAUUUGACAAAUUUGUUUCAUAUCGAGAUUAACUGGAGAUCUGGACAAAUAAACCAUGUCAUCAGUCAACCUAACAAGCCAUAUUUUCUUAACAUGGUAUACCCAUCAAGUCAUUCGACUUGUUAUUUCGUACCUUUGGAGAAUUAGAUAAGAAAUGGACCCUGGCGGUAACUUAACCCUAAAAGCUAGCUUAUGAGUAGUGGCAGAACUAGAAAUUUUAUUAAGGGGUGUCAAAAUACAAAAAAGUAAAUACACGAAGAAAAUAAAGGAAGUCAACAUAUAAUAUAUAUACCAUAAUAAUAAUUUUUUGACCUAGUUAAACAAUGUAAUUUUCCGGCGAAAGGAUGUCAAUUGACACCUCUUAGCAUAAGGUGGGGUGAGGAUUGACCAAGACCAUAUAAGGAGACCAAGUAUCAACACAAAUGGGUACUCUUUAACAUUAUUGCAAAAAUGUAGUUUUCCUGUUUUGAUCACAUAACUGUGAAUCAGGCGGCGUAAGGCCAAGUUUUAGUGUAACAACUAUUUUGGCAUUGAUCAGAUGAAAAAUAGUUCUCUCGAAAGUUCUGACUCCUGAUAGCUUACCAUCUCUGGCAGCAGAAAAGAGAAAGUAACAUCCUUGGAAGGUUAAUAUAACUGGAAUAUAUAUGAAUUAGUCAAAUUUAAUUUGACUGGAAAAAUGUUUAAGCCAGAGUAACAAAAUCAUGACAUCCAAAUGCACCAGUUUCAGGCCAAGAACACUCCAUUUUGGCAACCAGUUUCUUAUUUUCUUCAAAUUUAUGCCAUUUCUCAGUUUGCCACCAUUGUCCUGUAUAAGCUACACCAAGUGCUCAUAUUUUUCUUUUCACUUGAUUUAAUUGUUGAUAUUUAAGAUUGAUACAAGUUAUUCUGUAGUACUUUGCGUUAAUAGAUACAUGUUAUUUUUUGUAUAACCUGUCAUAAGGGGCCUAACUUCCUUAAACAUAUUCCCUUUGCUCGGACACGAGUGCGGUUGUCUGACACGUGUGCGGAUCUAGAGGUCGGAUCCUUCGAGAUUUAAAUUCUAAGAUUCGAGGAUAUGGAUCCUAGUAUGUAUACGGGUGCGCGGAUACGGCUAAAAAUAAUUCACAAAAAUAAAAA